AUGUGGAUUGUCCUCCAUAACAGGAUCCUCACUAUCGACAACUUGAUGAAGCGUGGAUGGACGAUGGUGAACAGGUGCAACCUGUGCUGUCGGGAGAAUGAAUCUGUGUUUCAUCUUUUGGUGGACUGUGACUUUGUGAAUGAGAGAAUAUUGAUGAAUGGUUCUCUGUUUGCAUCCUCCACGCUGUGUGGUGGGGCGUUCGCCCAUGGAAAAGUGGAUAAAACGCUUGGCGAGAACUGGCUAAAAGAUGUGUUGCUCGUCGGUUAG